AUGGCCGCAACGUCUCUUUCGUGCCCGGUCGAGCCCCCAGAGGACGACUCUCUCUGCGCGCCGCGUCGAUCCUCCCGGUCGGCGUCUCCUGCGCCUCGGCCGUCCGAGGAUCUCCCUCCGCAGUUCCCUCUGUCUCGGUCUUUUGACGCCUGUCGCUUGGCAGUCUGCGGCUGCCGGGCUGUCGACUGUCCAGUGCGGGUCUUUCGCGACUGCGCGGUGCACAGUUCGGCGCCGAGUGUGAAGGAGAAAGGCGCGGCGUGUGCGGCCGAGCGCGAGUUGGGCUCUUCCGUUUCGAAUCCGCCGGGGUCUGCAGGGACGAAUCCGACGAACUCCUCGCGCUUCACGCGCGUGAAAACGGUCUCCUUUGCGACGCUCAGUGAAUGUGGGAGCGUGAAAGGUUCGCACCGCAGCGAGUCGAUGAGCGACGCAGAGGCCGAACGCACGCAGCCGAGCUUGCUGGCGACGCGCGCGCGGUCGGCCGUGUCGCCCUCGGCGCGAUCCCUCAACGACCGCAGGGAGCGACAAGGGACGAGCAGGUCGUGGACUUCCCUGCCGUACCGACCGACGGCGCGCGCGGGCCGCGUCGCCGAGCGCCGCGGGAGCGCCUCCUCGCUCGUCGGCCGAGAUUCCUCGGCCGGCGGCACCGAGCGGCGCAGCAGGCGAGAGAGCGACUGGCCGUCUUCAUUCACUUCGCGACGGACUUCCGGCCACUCGCGGCAAAGUCCGCGGGGCGAAGGCGCCUCGUGGACGGCUCCCGGGGCGGGCGGGGGGAAUAUGGAGACGCCGGAGACGCCGUUUGGAGGCCGGGCGUUGAGCCGGUGUCAGCCGCGGUGCGUCGCGGCGCGGCGCAAGAUCUUUCGCGCGUUCCGGAACCUCGCCGAACACGACUUGGUUUUCCGGAUGAAGGAAGACUUGGCCUCGAUGCGUCACGAGAACUCGAUGCGCUCCGUGUUCGCCGACACCACCCGGGAGCGAAGCGGCGCGGACGUGAGCGAACGGGGUCGGCUCUCGGCGGGGACUCGGCACUUCUCGGUCGCGACGUCGCUUCACAAGGAGGGAAGCGACAAGGAGCGGAGCCGGGACGGCGGCGCGUCGCCCAACACGAACUUGAGCCGCUCCGGAUCCGGAGAUCCGAUUCUGCGUCGCUUCCCGCUCAGGUUCGUCGACAAGAGCCUCGAGGACUUGUUUGCCGCCAACAUCAACCGCUGGAUGGUCACGCGGCUCCUGCUGAUGGGGAUCCUCUCCCUCUUCGUCACCAGCAUGAUGUGGCCCCUCAUGGCUUGGUCCUUUAACUUGCUCGACGCGUUCAACCACAACGAACCUCUGGGCGUCCUCUUCCACAUCAACAUGGCGGUCACCGUCUCCGUCGCGGCCCUCUUCAUCGUCACCAAGCUGUUCAGAAGACUCGCGCGCCACGCCGAACUCGUCGCAGACGGAGGCACCUUCCUCGUUGUAACCAUAUGGGGAGUCUGGAACACGACUGCGUCCUACAUUCUGGAACACAGCUACGUGCAGGAUGUGAUCGGUUCCGCCGGAAUUCCAGGACAACCUACGGACGUGAGUGUGAGCCUGGAGAAGACUUCUGCGUGGUCCACGUCGCUCGAAGCUUCCAGCGCUGUCGCCUAUCUCUACGGCCUUCUUCUCAUCGUGCAGUUAGACGUCGUGUACCCCUCCAGGACGCGCCGCACCUGGCAGGUUCACCUGAUGUUCUUCGGCUUCAGCGCCGGCUCGAUUGUUAUCCGCGGAGCCCUAAAUCCCGAUUUCGUCCCCGUUCCUUUUGUCGUUAUUCGCGUACUGACGUAUCUGAUGCUGACGGUGUUCCUCUUCAUCGGACGCCAUGCGACAGAACUGCAGCAAAGACAAACCUUCUACAAUUGGCUGACCACGCGGAAGCGCGUGGACCGUCUGGAGUCGGAUUUGAAGCGCCAGCGGGAGAAGGUGAAGGUGUCGACGGCAGUUGAGCAACUCGUCAACAUGGUCAAGCACUGCAUGGAGAGUUGCCACUCGCUGGAGAGCGAGGUGGGCGCGGAGAUGCAUGCGGAGCACCGCAGUCUGCUUGUUGACUGCCACCAGACGCUCAGCCGGUGUCUCUCGAUCCUCACCAACACGUCGAACUUGUACACCGUCCAGUUUGGCGACCUCGACUCGGACGCUCACCGAGACAUCAUCCAGGCGUUCCUGAACAACCACAACUCGUCGCCGGCGGACUGGACGCGCGUGACGACUGCGGCAUACACGCGCGGUGUCGACGACGGCUGCUGGACUGCCUCGGGCGACUCGAGCGAAGAAAAAAACGCGUUUGAGGUGAACGCGACGUCGUCGCAUGCAGAGCCCUCUGCCUGCGCCGGCACCUUGGGCCUCGUGCGAAGCGGGAGCGCCGGCGCGUGGCAUUCCGGGCCGGGGUUGCAGGCGUGGCCGAGUCAGUCCCACUGGACUGGGACUCUCGACGGCGUCCACCUGCAUCCCUGCGUGCACGCAGUGGCAGUGAGCGAAGGCCGGCCCGCAGGCGCGCGCGGGCGCGGCGACGCGAGCGCCGAGGCGUCGAGUGCGGACGCGCUGGACCGGGUGGGCGUCUCCCCGCACGGCCCUCCGGCGGGGCUCACGUGCCUUGACGAGGGAUGCGGCGAAGAGCGAGAGAGCGAAAGCGACUCGACCGACGGCGACAGGGCGCCGAAGCGGUUCGCCACCUUGGCCGCCACGAAGCGGUUCGGUAACCUGACCGCCUCGAAGCGGAGGGCGGGAGGAAGGAAGAACGACCGAGCCGAGGCGGACGAGCGGGAGGUAGAGCUCCAGGACAACGGAUUGAAGCCCGCGGCAGAGGCGCGAGGGAGUCGCGAGAAGAAGCUGGGACUGACGGCGAAAGUUCUGCAUGACCACCUGGCGAGACUGCAUGUAACUUCGCCGAAAGAGGGAGACGGAAAGCGAGAGCGACGCGGCGAGUCGGCGCCUUGUUCGCCGCCGAGUCAGUCUCUCACUCCGCAGUCUCUCGCAGAGUUCCAGGCCCGACUUCGCUACGAGACUCUGCUCAAAAUCGUCAGUGCUGCCUCGCGAACCGACGAGCUGUCCGUGAGCCCCUUCGCCGUCAGCGAAGAAGCUGUCCGGGACUGGAGUUUUGACUGCCUCCGCCACGCCCAAGUUUCGCCCACGCCCCUCGUCGACGUCGGAUACGUGCUGCUUCAGUGCACCAGCGACGACCUGCGGCUGCCUUCAGGGGACGUAUUGUUGAGAUUCUUGACUGCGGUCGAGGUUCAGUACAACCACGUUCCGUACCACAACUGCAUCCACGGCCUCAUGGUCGCGCAGAAGAUGGUAGCCCUCACGGAGCUCCUCGAGCUGAGCGAGACGAUGAACAGCCGCGACCGCGCACUGAUCGUCGUCGCGGGCCUCUGCCACGACAUUGGCCAUCCAGGCCGGAACAACGCCCUUUUCAUCAACGCGUUGGACCCAGUCGCAGUGCUCUACAACGACAAAAGCGUUCUGGAGAACUACCACUCCUGUCUAACCUUCAAAACGCUCGAACUGCCCGACUGUGACAUCUUCUUCUCACUCAGAACCAAAGAUUAUCACGUGGUCCGCUCGUUGAUCAUUGAUUUGAUUCUCGCGACCGAUAUGAAAAACCAUUUCGAGACUGUGUCUCGAUUCAGAGUCCGACGAAACGCCUUGGAUUUCGAUCUGAGCGGCGACGAAGACUUCUGGUUCACGGUGAAGAUGAUCAUGAAAUGCGCGGACCUCGCACACUGCAGCGUUUCCUGGUCCCAACACUUCCAGUGGUGCCAGCGUCUCUCUGUUGAGUUCUACGACCAGGGCGAUGAAGAGAUGGCCCGUCACCUGCCGAUGUCUCCGCUGUGUGACCGGGAGAAGCACAGCGAAGUAGCCAAGUCGCAACUCGGGUUCAUGAACUUUGUUGCCGUUCCUCUUUUUGAGGAGUUGAGUGCGGUCGACAACACUGGAAACAUCGAACGGGAGUGUAUUGCGGUCAUGAAGACGAACGCGUCUCACUGGGAGGCGCUGUCUUUUGCGGCGGUACCCGUCCCCCUGCUGGGGCAGCCUGCCUCGCCAAAUGUGCAACCUCCGCUCUUGCAUUUAAUCGACGGGUCUGGCGGCGCUGCGGUGCGCCCUGGAAGCAAAGCGGCGGAGAUCGCCUGCAGAUAUUCUCCGUCCACCGUCACAGCGUUGGAUUUAUCGUGUCUUGUCUACAAAACGCAGUUGAAUCGAGCGCGAAGAGGCAGUCAACAGAGCGGGCGCCGAGUCUCCGAAGUCGCCUCGACCUAA